GCUAACUACCCUAGCCUUGACGUGAUUCUUUAACGAUACAUGUAAGGUAAGUAAGUUACUAGACAGUAGCUAUAAGCAUUUCAAGUGGUCUAUCUAAAAGCUCGUUCAUGUAUCAGAUGUUCCUAGUCAUCCGUCGGUUCCGUUAGUGUCUUUGGUACUCAAACGACAUUCGUUAUUAAUAACUACAAAACUGCAUUCCUUCAAUCCGUAAUCAAUAUUGUGCACGGGGAAAAAUAAUCACCAGUUUGUCUUAAUAUACGAAAUGUACCUUUUUUAAGCUAAAUCAGAAAAUUCCCCCUGCCGUCGGGUAAAUUCAGAGAGUCCUGACUAAGCAACUAAGUCAAUCUGUGAAGAAGGACGUUCAAUUACGAUAACAACCGUAACGUCUUUAUCAUGAUUUAAAAACUUUGGUGGAUUGAUUAACAAUAAAGCACCCCGCUAGAACUAAAGAUUUCUGCUAAACUGAGUUAUAUCCUUGCACGAGUUAGAUAGAGCGUAUUGUAUAUUUUGUAAACGAUAUUUCAUGAUGAUAAUAAAAGUCUAUUUCGCAGAAUACAACCUUUUGCCCCCAAACUGAUUAAAUUUUGUUUAUCUUUGCUUUUUUUCCAAGAAGACCGAUUCUGAGCUUAAGUUGUCAGCGAUCAGCAUUGAUUUAUCAUACCCUUCAUUCUCCCACAAUUAAGCGACCACUGAAAUCAAUAACUCGGUCUAUUUUGUUCUAUUGAAACUGUUAUCCUUCUCUUUAAAGCAAAUGUCGGUUCAGUGCAUUUGGAACUUAAUCUUAUACUUUGAGGGCCUACAAAAGAUUGCGAUAUUGCCCAAAGCGGCAAGGUCAAGAUAGCUGUUUACAGGCCAAGUUGUCGUCUCGGUCCAUAAAAGUGCAAAAAAAGACAAGGCUUAUUUCCAACCAUCUUGACCGAAGAAUCUUGGUUAAUAAAGGAUUCAUUAUAAUAUGCCGGCCAAGAGGACUAUUGGCUCACCGCUCUUGUGGCACCCCUGCCUAUUAAGCAUUUAUUAUUCAUUGUUCAGUGAUAGGCGAAGCUAAAAAAAUAAAAUAAAAUUAAUAUCAUUAGAAAUUAAUAUUUCUUUCCAACUCUCAAGAAUAUUAUAUAACUAUCCCCUGUAGUGGUAUCGCGUCUCGAUACAUAUCUAUAGCGCUGUUCACCGACCCUGAAGGGAAUAGUUGUUUUAGUAUUUACCAAAUCAGUUGGAUAAAAACAAAAAAGUAACUUUUUGUAGAUUAAAAACGUCACUUAGUAGGAACUUUGUCUACAAUUUACAAACAUUUCGGCGAUUUUGUCAAGUGCAUUUUUACGAUUUUGUUUCAAAUUCAGCAUGAAAAAAAUUUUCUAACCACCAGCAAACACCGACAUGCCAAAGUUCAUCGCUUUCUUGGUAUUUGUUUGUAAGUUUCAUUUAUCGCUCAAAUUUCGUCUUCCGAAAAUGUCUUAAAACGAGACACCAUCUUGGCCCCGGUCGCAAAACCGUGAAUGACCAAGGAUAUUUCGAGAUACGGAAGGUAAUAAAAACGCGCGAAAUUAAAAUUCCUAUUCACUGAUUUGGUAAAUACUAAAUAGGCAUAUCUUACCCGUUCGGGCAGCCAGUGGAAACACAGGAUUCACUACUUCAUCCAGCCAUUUCAUAAACUUGAAUAUUAUCGUUUAUCUAGAUUCUAUUAAAUUCCUAGAAUCUUUAGAAGUGAGAUGGUACGCUUCUAGCCGCCCUUGAUCAAGGUUUGGGUAGACGACUGUUGGUGAGCUCAGAGCAGUUUUAAAUUCUUAUAAAUUUAAAAGUUAUGAGACUUUUUGUUCAGUCUUAUAAUUCAUUGUACAUAUAUUUUCAGUUUUGCUCUAUAAAUGGCGAUGAAUAUUCCUGCAUUUACUGUUCCUACAUUAAGUCGUCUUGGAUGCACAUUUGACUGCCACACCGCCAGACCGGGCAUUGAGAUCUUCCCCGCAGAUAUUCCAACCAAGACAGAGCAUGUCAACAAGUUAACCUUCAAAUUCAAAGCUGUGUCCUCAAACUCAGAAGUGAAGGAGUUAAUGAAUCUACCCUCUGAUUUGCCACUAAGGAUCAAGGCAAACAUGUUGUCUGUAGAAGGACCAGGAAAGUAUUUUAAUGGCAACCUAAAAAUCGAGGAAGAGAAAACCGAAAUAUUGGCUCUAAUGACAUGCAUUACGGUAAUGAAUUCUGUUCCUCUUCAUCUUUCACCCUAGUAUAAGUAUUUUUCCCGUAAGUUUUGCCUCUUCUUGGUGAUUUCCCCAGUAUAUCUUAUUAAAUAUAAGGACGCCAGCUUAAUUGGCAAUAAAAUUGAAAAGUGAACUAGAGAGCCGUCACUGAGCCCCUUUACAUUGACCGUGGUGAACUGUCUUUUAGGUCUUUUAAUUGAUUAAUUAAUUUUGCCUUUUGCGGAGGCUUAUUUUGGUUAUAACUUAAACGAAAUAUUAAUUUUAAAGGUUUCCAAGGAAGCAGAGUACUCAGUGAAACCAAACGACAUCUCUAAAAGAGAGCAGUUAGUUGAUGGUCUAGGCACUCAUUACGUUAGAAAAAUUUCGUAUGGUGGUCAGAUGGUGGCAAGCAUCAAGCUCAAUUUUCCUCCAAACUCGUUGAGGUAUGUGAAAAAAAUUUUUCUUUAUUCAGAAUUAGACAAAUAAUUUUCUCUAGCAACGUAAUGUAAAUUUUUAAAUUCCUGAAAUAGAUGGUCAGUUUGAUAGAAAGGUCAGCCAUGCAGUUAAUAAGAAAUGGGAGCAGAAAGCACUACUUGCUGUCGAACAGUCAUGUGGAAAAUUCCCAGAAGGAGAGAAAGACUUCCGCUGAGGACGAAGUUAUUGUUUAGAUCAAUGUCCAUCUGGAACACUUUAUUUUUAGGUCUAGUCUUAACGGCAUUGUGGAGGGGAACUUGACUUCUGAAGCUACUGCUGGGGCUUUGUCCGACCAGCUGGACUCUAUUUCAACGAAUUGCCGCGAUGCAUCCAACAUUUCAGUCACUUACUACACAACGGAGGUCCCUUACCAAGCUGGAACUACCCAAAACCUUGAGGAGUUAAUGAGACUGUUUCGUGACUUUAGAUCAAAAACAAUAGCCAAUGGAAGAGAGAUCCCUAUUGAGGUAUUCAGUGUUGUUUUAUUUACGUGCGAGUUCAAGGAUGGAUGGGCACUUCUAUGUAAUACACAACUUCACAGUUACUGAUAGUGUUAAAACAUAGUACUUUAUACGCUGGGUGCAGCCAUAGCUUAGUUUACCAGUGUUAGGGGAGAAAUGGAUCGUUUUUCCUAACUGAUAAACGUCAGUCAAUCUGUCCUUUUGACCACUGAACAGCAGUUUCUAUAUAUUCCCGCAAUCAGUCAUAUCCUAAUUAAAAAAAACGGUCUUUUGAUAGAGUCUUAUCUAGUCUUAUUUUCUACAUGUAAAUAGGGAGCCAUUAACUUAGUUGCUUGAUCCUCGAACAAAAAGUAAGAUCAGCGCUUACUUCAUUGAAGACUCUUUUACGGCCGGAGCAUAUAGUUUACUCUUUUAAAAACCCUGACGUAUCAUUCAGCGAGAAAGAUGAUAUGACCUCGGGCAUCCAGCGUAUCAAUUAGUCAAUGUUGGUGAGCAAGUUGACGUUUCUCUCUCCUCUCUAUUUCUGUUUUUCAUGCGCAAUUUAGGUGGAACUUCAACAAACAGGGACACUUAUACCAUCUGCGAGAGCAUAUUUACCAAAUAUGGCUUUGACUAAUACGGUAGAGGAGAUAGAAAGCCGUUUUGAUGAUAUUCGCACUGCUCAGUAUCUGGUUAAGACUUAUGUUGAAGACGCUGCAGUCAAAGUAGAUGAAGACAUGAAAAGAUUUAGCCAGGAAUUGGAAAAAGUGUGCCAAACAUUUACUGCUGCCAUCUCUACAUUAGACACUAGCGGAGCUGAUACCCAGUUCAACGAAUGUUUCAUGGCGUAUGAAAAUGCUUUGGAUGGAAUUGACGAGGAAGGAAAGUUUACUAAUUACUGGAGAAAUCUUCUCACAAGAGAGGAGGUUAGACAACUUGCAUUGACUCGUAUUUUCUUCUUUACUGUGGAGGAAAGUUUCAAGUCCUCAGUGCCUGAGCACCUGAGAAGCAUGUUAAUUAUAAAACAUUUUAAAGCCACUAAUUCUGUCUUAUUCUUUUGAUUAUCCCUUCUCCAACUGCCAACUUGAAAAUAUUAGUAUUUUUUUUAUUAUUCACACCAAGAAUGUUGCAGCUUCCGGUGUUUUUAAAUUCGAAGACACUCGAAUAGAACCAAGCUGGAAGCAAGCUUUAAUGCUGCACAUUUUAUCCGCAUUUUGUUGUGUGGUUGUUGUUGUUAUUCUUGUUGUUUUCUAGCAUUAAGGAUACGGAUUCCGCUCCCUACAUCUCUUGGUUAUUUUAAGAACUUUGAAACAAAGAAGAAUGAGACUCAAAGGAAGUAUAACUCGUAAAAAACACGUCUAAACCAACGAAGUUCACCUACCUCACGAUUCGAAGUUUAUAUCUUGAAUCCGCAAUUUGGAUUUUAAUUUACUAAUAAAAUGAAGCAAAAUGGUUUUAAACGAAUUCAAAUCGACAGAAUGAUAUUGAAUUAACUUAAUAACUAAGUGAGUUAUAUCGUAUAACAAGAUUCUAAUCACGAUAUAUUCGUUAACGAAAAGUCAACAUUUUUUUCAGGCUAUAACUUCCACAAUCCAGGUAAGAAUAACCAAGCUUUAUGGUUGUCGUCUAGUUGGUAAUUAAUAACACUUAGCCUAUUGCUCGUAACGCUAAAACUACAGAAAGAAAUGUACUUUCUCUCGAGAUUUUUUAAAACGUUUCAAUCUCUGUUAUGUGACUUUUUCACUCCAAGGCUUUGUUCACACUAUACUUUGCGCUGGCACGCAAACCAGACCGGAAUAAUGUUACUACCGAUCACACAUAAAAAGGGUGAUUUCGUCGCGAUUUCUGCACCUCGCUGAUCUCGAGAAGUGUUUCAUGUUUAUUCAGGGACUCCCAACGAGAAUAUAGUUCAAAAUCACUUAAACAUUAUCUGUUCGGAUUUCCUAGUCUAUAGUGAUCCGAAAAUUAUAGGGAUCAAAACUUACCUUUCCGAAAAUUUCAGCCUUUGGACUUUGGUUCCAUUUUGUGGGCUAGCAUCCGCAUCAUAAAAGUUUAAGAAUGUUGUCUUUUUUGAGUCUAUCCGGUGAGGAGUUUGAAGUAGGGUGCACUACGUUUUCUAUUUGCAGCAAAUGCACUAACAUUAUUUUGUUUGGACUUUAAAAGGUAAUGUGGUUGGAUAUGUGUUUCCCCAACUCAUAAAUACCGUAAUGGAGGUUAGGAUAUGCAUAAAAAGAAAUAUACGAUCUAAAAAAAUUGUUACCCUGUCCCAAAGCCUAAAAUUCAAAUUUCUCGUACUUAAGCUAAUAGAACAUCACCAACGCAGUAGUAUCUUUGUUUGUUAAAAAUAAACGAUCCUUUUCUUCUAUCAUAUUAUGAUAUAUUUCAUUUCUCUUUUCCUUAUUGAGCUUCCAAAGGGAAAAAAACUUACUAUUGUUGUAAUUGGAAAAGCUGGAAGUGGAAAAAGUGCAACCGCAAACAGUAUAGUUGGGAAGCGAAUUUUUACCACAACCUCAUGGGCAACAUCUACAGUAUCAUCAAAAUUCCAGUUUGGGCGCAGGAUUGACGAAAGACAAAUUGAUGUCUUAGACACGCCUGGAUCUUUUAGUCCAGGAGAUCUGCAAAAAGAGGUCUCCAGAAUUCUUGAAUUGGCCCCAAAAGGAUUCGAUGCGAUCGUUCUUGUAGAGAAGUAUGGCUGUAGGCUCACUGGUGAAUAUGCUCAAGCGCUUCAACUUCUUCAAGGAUUUUUGGGCGAUAAUGUGAGAAAAUACGUCAUCCUCGUCCUUUCCUUUUGCGACCAGGCCGAGCAUGAGGCUAAAGAAGACAAAACCCCUCUCUCUCCUGAUGAACUAGUGGAUACGUGGUUACAAACGUCUCAAGGAUGGGUUCAAACAUUCAUCGAUCAGAUCGGAGAAGACAGAGUUAUAAGCUUCAACAAUCGACUUAAGCCACACAGUCAACCUGAGGCUUACAAGAGACAACUAUCAAAGUUAAUCAAGGUAAGGAAACGGACUUCACGUUUCGGCGUUGUUGGAGUGUUCGUCUCGCUGCGAUUCCUAAGUGGUCUGAGUAUCUUUACGGUUACUGUUUGCAUCCCUGAUGACGAUCCAAUUUAUAGUGGAAAUUUCAGGGCCAUGCAAAUUGUUGUUGUUUUAACUUAACUUAUGAUCAAGGCUAUAGCUAGCAGAGGGGUAAUGGACAGGACGGGGGCAUUUGCCCUCAAAAAAUAUUCGUGGAAAAGUUUAUCCCCUCAGUUUUUUUAGGUGAUCAGUUCAAACGCAAAUGAUUCUUAUGCGAAGAGCAAAAACAUCUGCCAUCAUACCAGUCAUAUAAUGUUACGAGAACAUCGUAAUCUUGCUCUAAUUCUUUUUUAGGCCAUAGAUGGUAUCACCUGCAAAACGUCGCCGUACCUUGCAUCUCAGCAGGCAAGAAAUGAUUUUGAAAGAAAGAUCAAAGAAGCUUCAGAGAAACCAAACCGUGCUAGAAGAGAAGGCAGUUCCUCUGAGGACUGGUUAGAGGUGCGCAUAGGAGAAGGAGGUGAAAUAGUGUCUGCGGAUGAGGCGCGUCCGCUUCAUGAGAGGGUGUGGUCGUUUAUUGAUACGUACUGUAACGUUUUGUGAACAACAUCGCACUUUCAUGCGUUACCUAUGGUAUAAUUACGAUAAAACCAGAGGCACAGGGGUUAUGUGCCUUUCACAUAACCUUAUUGCGCAUUGUCCUAUCUGAUAAUAUUAAGUAUUGAGCACCUUCUUAUGACAGGUUUCAGAGGGUUACGGCUGGGUAGUGUCUUAAACGUUUAACCAGAACUGUAUUUUGUUUUUUUAAUGACAUUUAAUUCUAAUACUGGAUUUAAUUCAUUAUACUAUGUAUAUCGCAUACGGAACUUUGUAAAACAGGACAGGAGCGUAGCCAGAGUGCGCGUACAUACCUUUAAAAGUGCCGACAUCUCAAAUUUUUCACACAGUUCGUCUUUAACACUAUCGGCAAAAAAGUUUAAAACUAGCGUUGUGUGUUGUGUUCCUUAACUGAAAGAUUUUACAAAAUAAUUGAUGGAACAGUUUAUUGCCAUUAGCUUGUGCCUGGGUUAGCUUAUUUCCGCAAUUUGAAGCAGCUUAUUACUAAGGGGCUGUUUCCAUGGAGAGAGCCGGAAGAUCCUAGAAGAUGGAUCAUCCUAGCGCCAUAGGUUUUCUGUAUUCCUGUAGUUUACGUGCUAAAAGUUGUACUUGUCCCUAGUACUUGGAUUCUCCUAGCUCCUCGCUAUGAAGAUCCUAGUACAAGGACAAACCAGACAAAAAUGGCGGCAGGUGGGUAAUCACAGCAAUAAAGGCCGCCAAUUUCAUUUAGCGUUACCAUGAGCUGAUGAUUGUGAUGAUUCUGCCAGCUGCUGUUGAAAGGUAUUUAUUUACUUUAGUAAAUAGAGCUGAAGGGCCUAAAUGCAUGUUUGUCGUUGUCGCGCGCCCUUUUUAAUCUUUUCUCUACCUGGUAACCACCGAAAUCCCUGCCAACCAACCCAACGAAAAGUUAUUUCGCCUUCUACUUCCUGGUGCUAGGAUCUUUCUACCUCCUUGUAAAAUACUGAUGCGAGCUCCUAUGUACACAGGAUACACUCAGUACCUGCUAAGAGUUCAGGAAUAAUAGAAUGGAAGGCUUGAAAUGAUUAUAAUCUGCUGCGGGGAAAUUAACAUAUAAAAUUGCUAUUCCCUUUCGUCUUAAUAUUUAUUUCAUUUUCACUUACUUCCCCUAGAUCUCUCACGCAGUCAGAUUGAGACCUAGGCUAGAGGUUACGGUUUUUACUGGCAGAUUUUUCCCCUUUGCAAAAUUUAGCCAGUGUUUACCAUUUAUAGGGGAAACCGAUCAGGGGUGUAGCCAGCUUUUCGACCAGUUGCAGGCCUGGCUGACAAUCAUUUCCACAGCCUCGUUCCCAGUCGUCCUUGGCGAUUGUGGAUUAAGCUAGUAGCUCGGAUAGCGCGAACUGGCCUGAGUACGAGGCUGGUAUUUUGGGAGGUCGCUUACGGGAGGUUCGACUGUAUGAGAAGACUCUGAGUGGUUGCUUAGCCGUGAGAGCUUAAAAACGAAGGAAAAGUCCAGUUGGGUAAUCCAAAAAAGUCGUCGCGGACGCUUGUGAGAGCUUUUCAUUAUAAUUACAAAGUAAUGGUUAGUAUCUAGAGCUGGUCGCUUACGAGAGUGGUAGCAAGGAGAGGUUCGACUGAGUCUCAUUUACUUGCUUCGACACGCACCCGCUAGGCGUGGGACAUCAGCAAACGACAGCAAAGCCGUGGAAAACGUUACCCUAUUUCUUUCGUUUAAUUUUGUCUCGUUGGUCAUAGUAAUGCUGCUGAAAGCCUGGGCGGAAAUUCAUAGGCUAGGUUUUUAACUUCGCCUGUUCAGCCAAUCAAUUUAUAUAGUAAGUGUUUGUUGUGCUUGAAUGAGCAAAAUGUUACAGAACUGUCAUUUAGCAGAACUUAUUCCUGGCGUUUUUUUAAAAAUCCCGUUUUAACGGAAAUGUUGACAAGAGUUUUCUUACUUUGAGAAGGAAACUUGUCAGGUCUUCCCAAUUACAUGAUCAAUAACAGGGCAGUGGCAAGCGCUCAACAUACCGUAUUUCCUCGAAUAACAGCCGUCCCUCGAUUAAUCGCGUAAAUCUGGAGGAUAAUCCAGCAAAACUGAUCAGACGACACCGAGGAUAUUGACAAUGAAAAUUAAUCAAGGAACCAAAUGUGGAACACUUAAAAAGCCCAUGUUCAGUUUCUUUGAUGUGAUUAUUUUUUGAUUUGAUGGCAAAAUAGAACAAAAUAUUUAGGGCACGACUUCUAGUGAACAAUAUCUGAAAAUAAUCGCCUCCCUUGAAUAAUCGCCCCCUUUUGGCGCAAAAAAAGUAAUCACCUCCGGCUAUUGCUCCAGGAAAUACGGUAAGCUAAUAUCAGUCUCCUUACUCAUCAUGUCAGAAUGAUAAGCGCCAUAUGCUAAGUCGUCCUAACUUUUUUUGUGUGUACGGAAUUUCAACCUAUAACCUUUUUCAAAGACUUAAAUUUGGUAGAUGAAUUGGUGGAUGGAAAUGUUGCGCUUCCCGUACCCUGCACUCUUUACUCCCGUACCCAGCUUUGUCCCCAUCUCCUGUUCCCUUGCCCCCGUCCCCGUUUGUCCCGGGAUACCGCCCCCUUGCCCCCCACAACAGAUAACGUACGCUCCUUGGAUACUCGCGGUGGGAUAAAAUACAUUUAUUUUAAUUUGUUUGAAGGAAAUGAGAGUUUUCGUUUUAUAUUUACACUUUCGCUCACAGCUAAGCAUAAAGCAACAAGUUUUAGUAUUCCAUGCUAUUAUUAGUGUUAUAAGCACCCACUCUCUCCGACAAACUAGCAAGAAUAAGCGCUCUUUCCCUUUCCUUUAACUUUCUUUUAUAGUACUGGGAAGUCAUAAGGGGAGACACCUUCUUAAGGGAAACAGGGUGCAUUGGUUGGAAAAGAAAUCUAUUCAACCAGAUGAACUCAAUGCGGAUGGGUCUUCAUAGCUGAGUUGGUUAGAGCACUGCAACGCUAACGCAGAGUCCAUGGGUUCGAAUCCCGUUAGAGUCCCGAAAUUUUUUACAGGUUAAUUUGCAAUUGCUCAGGACACUGCGACGAUCAUAUCUUCAUUUAACAUGGGCUCCUGAUUUACACAUUAUUCAUGCUCAAUUGUAUUAGGGUAUGGGACAAAUGAUUAAACACUAGACUAAGCCAAGCUGGGACAGCUUGGCUUAGGGGGUAGUUAGUAAUACGAC